AACAUCACAAUCAAUUGAAACAAUGCUACACAUUGAACAGAACAAUCUUUUACUUCAAAAUACGUUAACUGAAAGGCUUUACCCUAGUGAUCCUAGUGCCAAUCCUAAAUCGUUAGAUCGAAUUGUUAGUGACUUUGAUUUCACAACAUUUCAUGUUUCAACCUUGUCUGAUCGGAAUUUGAUAUUAAUCAGCGUAUAUUUGAGAUGCUGGGAUGAUUUAGUUAACUAUGGCGUCGUCAAUUACUUAUCUAACAAGUAUGCAAACUUUCCUAGUUUGACUGUCUUGACUGGUGGAGAGAUUGAACAAGGUUAUAAUUUCAGUAUUGUUUUGGACGUCAAAGCAGCAAUUGAAGAGCUGGAAGAAUCCAAGCAAGAAUUAAUUGAACAAUUGAGUUUAUUGAAACGUCAUUCUAUGGCUGCUCCCUUUGAACAAGCAUUUGCUAGAUAUGAUGAAUUGAGUAAACAGUAUGCCAACAGCAAUACUUAUUCUGAAGAAGUUCAACAAGAAUUGCUCAACGAGCCUAUAUUGGUUAUCAAAUAUCGUGGAAUUGAUGAAUCCAUUUAUUUAAAACCUUCUUUUGAUAGAGUCACCGUUAUAUUCUCGACUGUGUUCCAAGAUGAAACCGAUAAAAUUUUCGGUAAGGUUUUUUUGCAAGAAUUCAUGGAUGCUAGAAAGAGAGCAGUACAAACUGCUCCUCAAGUGAUAUAUACCCAUGGUUCGCCACCUUUGGAUAUUCAACAGGUUGUUCACGGUGGUGAUAAUGACAAUAAAGGGUAUGUUACCUUUGUGCUUUUUCCAAGACAUUUAGUCAAAGGUGAUAAAAGAGAUAAUUGUAUUUCUCAUAUUGAAUUAUUUAGGAGUUAUUUCCAUUAUCAUAUUAAAUGUGCUAAAGCAUACAUGCAUUCAAGAAUGAGAUUUAGAGUUAAAGAAUUCCUCAAAAUCUUAAAUAGAGCAAAACCAGAAAAUGUUGUUGAAAAGAAGACUGCCAGUGGAAGAAGAUUUGAUAGAUCUUAAUUUAGCUAUUUACACGAAUAUAUACACUAUUGUUUUGGCUUCUUGACACCGUAUUUAGAUCUUGAACUACCUCUGUUGGCAACCCCAGCUAAAUCAAAAGCACCUCUCACUAAUCUAUAUUUAACACCUGGCAAAUCUUGAACUCUACCACCUCUAACCAAUACAAUAUGAUGCUCUUGUAAAUUGUGACCUUCACCUGGGAUUAAUGCAGAUAUAACUUUACCAUUACUCAAUCUAACUCUACAACAUUUUCUCAUGGCCGAGUUAGGUUUUUUUGGUUUUAAAAUCAUAAUUCUGACAACAACACCCUUUUUGAAUGGAUUUUUCUGUAAUUCUUGUGAUUUACUGAGGGUUUGUUUAACUGGCUUUUGUUGUUUUCCGUAUUUGAUUUGAUUUAUAGUGGCAUGUCUUAUUGACAUGGUUGAAUUAAAGAUUGAUUGGGGGAUGUUUGAACUGAUGGAUUUCAUAUAUGAUGUGAUUGGUUUACUAACGAUUGGGUUUUGUCUCAUCAUUAAUGAUGAAGACAAUCUAGCACCACUAGCUAAUAAUGAUCUGAACAUGGUGGUCUUGUGCUCUGUUGAAAUCAGUGGG